AUGGGAUGCACGCAGUCAAAAGCAAAUGAACCUAAAGUUCGUGAAUUAACUAAUGUAGAAAGAAAAAAUGAAGAAAAUAAAGCAGAAGAGAAAAAAAACGAAACCACCCAAUCUUCUAUAGUUGCUCGUAAGGAAUUAGAUGUAAAGCCACCACCCGUUAAAGCUAUACCUAAAAUAGUUCCAAAAGCUAUUCCAAAAAAAGGAGCUUAA